AAAAAAAAAAAAAAAAAACCAGCUCAGCCCACCAUGGCGACCGCAUCAUCUAGACCCCGGACUCCGAGUAACACUCAAUCCCCCCCCGAAGGUCUUCCUGCCAUCACGGAGAACGGCAGCAACCAAUCCAAAGAUCAACGCAGAACGUCGUCCCUCGGCUUUCUCCGUCGUGCUAAGUCUACUGAACCGUUAUCUGGCAAGAGCAAGAAGAUGUCCAAGGCCCAGGCAUUGGAGGAGGAGCGUCGUCGGCGCGAAGCGAUGCCAAAGCAUGCACCUCGUCUUCCCGAUCUCUCGCCCACCCCGAUCCUGGAAACCUUUGGCGGGGAUGAGCGUCAUGAUACUGUGGGUACUCUCGUCAGCGAACCUAAUCCAUCCCAGCACUUGGCGCCUCGCAGCUCCGUGAGUACACCAGUGAACAACGAAUAUGACCCAUACGCUCGCACGGAGAGUAUGACCCAUCGUGGCCGCUACAGCUAUGCCAGUAGUGCAGUGAGCACGGUGAACAACCCCCGCAGACUUCGCCGUCGCAGGGACCCUACCCCCUACAACAUUCUUGUUGUCGGAGCUCGUAAUUCUGGCAAGACGUCGUUCCUGAAUUUUCUCCGGAAGUCGCUGGAGAUGCCGGCUCACAAGCACCCUACGCGCGGCCCUGAAGAGGAGGAAUACUACGAUCGUCAUGCCCCGGCCAACGAGGGUUUCAUCUACCACUAUCUAGAGACCGAAAUCGAUGGAGAGCGUGUGGGGCUGACGCUGUGGGACUCGGAAGGGUUCGAGCGGGACCUUGUGGACAUCCAGCUGAGCGGGGUGACUGCGUUCCUGGAAAACAAGUUUGAAGAAACGCUGAAGGAAGAGAUGAAGGUGAUUCGUUCGCCUGGCGCUCGCGACACUCACAUCCACUGUACUUUCUUGAUCCUCGAUCCGGUGCGGUUGGACGCGAAUAUCGCGGCUGCCGAGCGAGCUUCCCGGGGCAACCCCAAGGCAUCCGAUAAGCCGGUCACAGGAAUCCUCGACCAGAGUCUCGAUAUUCAAAUCUUGCGCAAGAUGCUGGGCAAGACCACCAUUGUUCCAGUGAUUAGCAAAGCCGAUACGAUUACCGAGGCCCACAUGACCUACCUGCGAAAGGCCGUUUGGGCUAGCCUGAAGGAAGCCAACAUUGACCCUCUCGAGGUGCUCUCUUUGGAUGAACAGGAAGAGUACACGUCUUCCGAGAGUGCCGACGAAGAAGAGGACGAGGAAACGGAGGAUCAGAAAGAACAUGCUCAAGGGGAGACGGCCGACAAUGCGGACGACAAGGAAAGCAAGCCCGGCCCUACCCCCGGGUCGCCGUCCGGCCGAAGCGCAAGCAGCCGCAAGUCAUCCGCAUCCCAGGCUGCGGCGCAGCGUCUGCCAUUUUCGACCCUUUCGCCUGAUUCGUAUUCCUUAAAUGCCGGAGACGGGCCAGUUGGCCGCAAAUUCCCUUGGGGCUUCGCGGACCCAUACAAUCCCGAGCACUGCGAUUUCCUGAGGCUGCGAGAUUCGGUGUUUAGCGACUGGCGAUCGGAGCUCCGCGAAGCCAGCCGUGUCAUCUGGUACGAGAGAUGGCGGACCAGCCGCUUGAAUCCCCACCUGCCCGCUCCGGCCCCGCAGAAAAAGCAGUACAGCGGAAGGAUGGGUCCUUCGAACUACGCCUACUAGAAGGGUUCGGAAUUCAUCCCGUGUAUUGGUGUCUUGAUAGUUGAGUCUUUGGGCGUCUUGUAUUCCCGACCCAUGCGCACAGCAAGACGGCAGGGCCUCUUGUGCCUCUUGUGCCGUUUUUUUUCGUGUUUUUUCAAUCUCUCAAUGGGGAAAAUUAGAGACGCACCAAAGGGCAUGUGGCCUAUGAAGACCCUAGCACUUUGAUCUGGCACAGGAGGGACAGCUAUUCUGCUGGAAUGGUCCCCAGAAGUGUGGAGGGUUCUCUGUUGGGAACCGUCACAUCUGUGUCUACCCACCAAGAAUCACGCCGUUUUCCUUGGACCGGACUGCUGAUUUCUGCUUUCAAAAGCCUUGUCCGCAUAUCUUCCUUCCAUUCCCCCCCUUUUUCCCUAUUUGAUUCCUGCUUUUUUUCUGAUUUGCGUGGCCGUUUGUUUACCUUCCUUAUACCACUGUGUUCCUACUAUGAUAUCAUUUGAUGUUUCGGUGUCACUAUUGGGCCAGGGGCUGACCAGCUCCUGGGUACGAUCUAUUAGGCACCUUUUUCCUUUCUUCUCAUUACCUUCACCCUGUCUAUUAUUUUUCUUUCUCCAGACCCCAUUGUGUCAUUUCUCCCUUUUUCUUUCGCCCACUUGUAUUCUUGGUCAUCAAAUUUGUGUCCGAACCAGUUACCGAUGUUGAAAGUUUUAAGAUGAG